CUGUGGCGACUGAGCGACCGCGGCGCCAGAGUUCCCUCUAGUAAUUAGAGCAGCAAACUCUAUGGUCACUGUAGGGCAGAACAAGUCAUAGUGACGCUGCUUAAAUUUACAUGCCCUCGGAAGUGCAAACAUGACUCACGUGGCACGCACUCUCUUGAAUGAACGCAUUUAGUACUUUCGUAUCUUCAGUGUAGGCCAGCCUUUCGGCGCUCCUUGUGCCCCGACUGUGUGUGAUGAUUAUUUCGCCGCGCUCUGUUAUCAAGUCUCGAAGCAUGUCACGUUUUUAUGCAGCUGUCUAGAGGAGAUGCAAAACAUGAAAUUCAUAUUUCACCUCGCUACACAGUUUGCAUGGUGCGGAACCGUUUUUGCAAUGCGUCGUACUCGCAAGGUGUGCAUACACGUGAUGUCAGAUUCUGCCGGUGCGAAGAAUAUUUCUUAUCACUGCGUCUGCGCGUUCAUGGUGACGUUCUCAUUGACUUUUAUAACGAUAAGGCACAAGAGCCGUUUGCUGCAAGCCGGUGGGUGCCACAUUCUGAAAGCGCAAACAGUUGUCCGGCAGCUCCUCUUGCAGGUACCGUAUGCUUCACUCGCGCUAACGUUUCUUUUUUUUUUUUUCGUUUGAAUUUUCCUAGCCACUCUGUAUGAAGAACACUAGACUGAAAGUAUCUCGCGUGUACGCCACUUCAAAGCAAAGUUUUCUUAAAUGUUUCGCCGGGGAUCUUGCGGUACCAAUGUAUGCUCUUCCCUUAUCCCUUGGAAUGGCAAUCUUGUGUACGUUCCCUCACGCCCCCCUCCUUCUAGACCACCGUCCUGCGCUCUUGCUCUAUCACUUGUUGUGUGGUGGCAGCCACAACCUUGCUUGCGGUAGCAGUCAUUUAAUGGGCCUUUCCUUUCUUCCAGGUUAACUCGCGCUAUGGACGCGCCACGCAGACGCUUGCAGGGCGCGCGAGACAUCGUUGCAGGCUUCCCGAACGAAGUCCGUGGUCGUAUAGAUCAGUUGGCGCUACAACACCCGCAUUACUGGCAUUAUGUUCAGACUUUCGUGAUUUUAUUCUUGUUUUCACUUUAUGUCUACUUUACUACCUCACUCCUAUUAUCGUCGCCUCUCAGAAUUAGAGACAUUGAUCAGCAGACGGUAAAUCUUUCACAGCCCAUUGAGACGCCGGAAAUACUACUGUGGUCACCCUCCGGAUACCCAUGGAAUAAUAUGACCAUCCCGAGCAGCAGAGAAUUCCUGACGUUACCGUGCGUGCCUAACGGUACCAACGUCUGCCGCGUCACUAGAAGCCGCGACGCCAUCCACAAAAGCGACGCCAUCGUAUUCAACGCUGAGAGUGCUGACUCGAUGGAUUUGCCCUCGGCCCGCCACCGUGAUCAGGUAUGGGUGUUUUUGACAACUGGCUCGCCCCGCCGGCCAAUUCCACAGGUCCUCUUGCAGUCGACGCCACUAUUCAACUGGACCAUGUCGCUCCAGGAAGACGCCGACAUCGUGGCACCCUACAGGUUAUGGGACGACACAAGUACAAAUAAUUUUGCAUCGAGCUUGCAGGUGACCUUUGGCGACAAAAUUGCGACCGCCUUCUGGAUGAUAAGCGAGUGUGAACAAGAAAAAUUGAAACGCACCAGUGGCUCUCCGCUUGUCGACAAUCGCUGGAGUGGAACCGAAAACUUCAUAGAUUCUGUUCUACACAACUUCGACGUUAACCUCGUCAACGACUGCGGUGCCGAUAUUUGCGCGUCUACGGGCGAUUGUCUGAGUUUGCUGCAAUACAUUCAUUUUUUUGUGAUCGUAAUGGAAUCUUCACCUUGUUUUGAGCACCCGGCUGAAUUGAUCUACGCUUCCUUGAAUUACGACAUUAUACCUGUGCUUUUCGGCGUCGGAAAAUUUAAGCACUCGUUGCCACCCCAUUCCUUCGUCGAUACCACAAAUCUAUCUCCUGAGGACACUAUCAGCGUACUCAAAAGCAUUAGCAGAUCGGGCGGCUUCGUCUGCGUGGUCGUUCCCGUUGAUGUGGCAAUGUCCUGGAAGCCAUUGAAAGAUUAUGUUGUGUCCCUUAUCAUGGAUGCGAUGAUAUACCUGUCGAAUUUGUGA